AUGAAUCAAAGCAAGGUGGAUUUUCAGCCAUUUGAAUAUUCCUACUAUGACUAUUCGGACUGGUACUCCAACAAUGCAGAGCCAACCAAACCACCCAAAGAGUAAGUAUCAGAGACUGUGAAGGUAUAUUAUUAAUAUCUUAUUUACUGUCGAUAAAUCAACCAUCCAUCUCUGCUACCAGUUGAUCCCGUGUACAGGGAUUGUAUUAAAUACAGAUUUCUUAUAGGUGUUGCACAGGGAGCCUGUCUAGGUCCUCUGCUUUUUAUAUAAAACAUGCUCUCUCUGGGCGAUGAUACCUGAAAUCAGCUCAUAUGUUGAUGACACACAGCUGUUUGUUACCUUUGACCCAGCUGUUGACUAAAUUAUUUGUCAUUUCUCAUUUAGCCAGGCAAUGCAGACAAAUCUUCAUGAACUUAACUGUUAAAAAAAGCUGUUUUUCUUUUAAGUCGAUGCUCAGAAGAAAAAAAAACAACAACUACACCCUCCUGGUUUGGGUAGUUUAAUCCUAAAGAUGAAACCAGAAGUCCUGGACACAGACUUAAAGAGGUGGCCAAAGGAGUUUUCUUCAGAGUGAGGCUCUUAUGGGGGAUUUUUUGGCUUGUUGUGAAACUGGCUGAUAUAAAAUAUCAGUGUUUUCAUGAGGUCGAAACCAAAGGAGACCAUCAUUCUCAGUAAUUAGUUAAUUUCCCUGUUAAAGAAAACAAACUUUUGACCUAAACAACAUGACUUACAAAUCUGUGAGCAAGAUAAGAAAGGAGCUGAGGGACCACUUUGUGCACACAGGGGGCCAAAAUCAUCAAAAAUAAAAGUUUUUUUAAGGAGCUUUAAGGAAUUCUUCAAAGAUUCAGUUCAUGUCAGGGAAAAAAAAAUCUUUUCAUGUCAUUAAAGCUCCUGUGAAGAGUUACAAGCUGGUUUUAGAAGAGGUUAUAAUUUAAAGAUCUUUUUUUUGGUUCGCUCAAGGCUUUGAGACAGUUGAACUUAAAUCUUUGAUAGGUGUCUGGAUCCUCUAUUGCAAGUUUGCAAGAAUAUUGUUUUUUUUCUGCAUUAUUCAACCGUGAAGGACCUCCCUGCUGGAGAAUAUGAUCAUUGCAAAAUUUCUUUAAAAUAAAAACACGUUUGCAGCGUUACCUGUUAUCACCUGUCUGCAUUUGUUCCAUUAGGUCCUGAUUUGACUUGAGUUUAAUUACCUGUUUAAUUUGACCUGUUUUUGUUUUUGUCAUGUUGUGCUCAAACCUACUUUUCUUAUGCAUUUCUUUAUUUUUUAAACCUUUCAAACAAAUAGUCCUCUGUUCCUCCUCUUGGUGUUCAUGCUUGUCUUGUUGGCUGCUUAUCUGAUUAAGUCUUCACCCAUGUAUCUUCACUUUUUCAUACUUUGUACUGCUGUCUCAGUUUAAAAAGUGAUGGACAGGUGGAGUUGCACAGUUAUCCUUUUUUUUAUUUGAACCUGCAGUUCAGGUAUCCGAAGUAUCUUCUUCUCAACAACUUAAAACCCAAAUUCUGCUCUAAAUAGCAUAAUUUUAUGAAGUUAUACAACUCAAAACAUCCCCACAAAUAGUUACAAUAUCUUUUCAAUUUCAUUUAUAAAGCAAAUUUCGCAUACCCAAUGUGCUUUUAAUACAAUUGCACCAACCCACUCAACUCACACACAUAUGAGUUAAGGUUUGAGUAGCCAUUUAAGCUUGAUAUAAGUAUAUGAGUAUAAGUAGACAGUCUAAUUAAUGUAUUGCACUAAGAAUACAUCUCAUUAAACUUCAUUUUUGUCACCUUUUUAUCACAGAAUUAUCUUACCAUGUGACCCCACAGUGGACGAAAAGCUCUUCAACAUAUGCAUGGCAUCAGCAUCUGUAAGUAUAUUUGAGUAAAAAGCAAACCUCUAUGGUUUAAAAGUAAGGGCAUGUGAAGUUGAUUGGUAGUUUAAAAAGUCACACCGAGUUAGGGCCUGUGUGCACCAACAGUGUUUUUCUAUGUGAUUGCAGCGUGUAUUUCCCAGGCAAAACCAAUGCAAUUUAAUGUUUUCACCACUCGGCGUCCUCAGCCCCAAAACUCACAGCUUAAUAUCACCAACCAAUCAAAAUUAAGAAGGGGUGCGACCUCCAAUGACAACAAGGGAAGUGCAACAUGACAAAUUUCGUAACCUGAAAAUUAUAAGUGCUAGUAAGUGCUCAAAAAUUGAGGUUGUUGUUGCUGCCAGCACAACGAAACAUUGUCAGUGGACACAGGCCCUUAUUCAGAAAGAGGUUUGAAGGUGUUUUUUAAAAGUGAACGAACAAGAAAACUUUAUAAAAGUUGUUCAAAAGUGAAGUUGAAUGUAAAGUUUAUCCUCGUCUUAACUAAGGGUCUGAGGAUAAACUCUGCUUCAGGGAGACUUUGAGUUUAAUGAGGUUUGACAUCGCUUUGCCCUCACCCAAUUCUUCAUAAAUACCAUUUUAUAAUGAGUAAUGGACUACGACAGCAGGGUCACUGCAGCUGAUUAAAAAUAACAAGACUCUGGAGUCUGAAGAAUGUUCUCUUCUUUCUCUGUCUCUCAUAUGUUGUUCCAAUUAUGUCUUCUGAUUAUGUCUCUUAUACAAAGUUUUGGUGCUUCAAUAUUUCCUCCAAGUCCUUUGACCCAAACAGACUCUCCUCUCUUUGCUUUUCUGCUAUUUAAAAAAAUCUUUAGCCUUUUUACUUCAAUUUCUUCCUCAAUGAACCUCAAAGUCGCCUCUAAUGACCCUAUUUUUGGAUUCUGUUGCCUCCUGGAUGAGCUGAUUUUGCCUAAAGCACUUUUAAAACUCUGCUUCUGCAUAUUCUUAAUGUUAGAUUACAUAUUUGUUUGUGAAUAUUAACCCGUCCAGUGGCAAAAUUGUCACAGCUUUGUAAGGGUUUAGCUUUAUUACUACACAAAUAAAAAUGUGAACCUGUUUGAGACUACGUCAUCAUACAGCGGUCAUAUUUUUCCAUGCCUUUAACUUGAGCUUUUUCACAGACAACCCAUUUUAAUGCGGGCAGUCUCGUCAUUUCACAAAGUUGGGUUGUUCACAGAAAUAGACAGCGCUAAUUGAAAUUAUGCAAAAAAAUCAAUUAGCAUGUCAAUUCUGAAAAGUUGCCAUCUCUGUGUCAUGCAUAUGUAGGGGGAAACUAGACCACAUUGAGCUUUGCUGAUGGUAAUUUUGACACAUGAUAUGAGUGAAGAAGAUAUUAUAUUGCACAGUAAUAUCAGGUACUAAUAACACCACAGGCUGUCUUUUGGAUUAAUGAAGUAGGGCCUGUGUCCACUGACAGCGUUUUCUUGAACUUGCAUGCAUGACCUGUAUGUACAGAAAACUUCAAAAUACACUUAAUGUCGUGAGAUUACAGAAGUUAUCCAGCACCAUUUUUGCUUCCUAUAGUGGUGUGCUGCUACAGCCAAAAACACUGUAAAUGGACAAAGGCCCUUAGCAAAACGAACUGGGACCAAAUUUGUUGUAAAUUAGUAACAGAGCUUCUGAAAGACUUGCCACAACUGUAGGUCAUGAUAGUUAUUUUUCCUGCAGACAGCUGAGGCUGAAGAGGAUUGUCUUUUUAAAAAAAAAAAAAAGAAAAAAAAAGAAAACAGAGGCAAGAUUGAGUUCAUGUCCUUUUGAUUUCAGUGUGUUUCAUUUAUAAUCUGGAUUACAGAGGUUUUAAUGUUUUCAUCUCUUCCCUGCAGCUGGUGGCCGUGUUGGUCCUGGCGGUUCUCGCAAGGAAACAUAAACUGAUUCAAGGAUUCGCAAGAGGAUCGUCUGGUAUCCUCAGGUGAAAUUUUGAGAACUUGUUGAGGAGGUCGGUCUGCCUGUUGCCAGAGCAAAUUUUAACUCAGUGAUGAGUCUUAAAGUCUGCAGAGAUGACUGCUUAAAACUUCCCAAACUCUUCAGUCUGGCAGAUUGUUCCAUCCUGGUGUUGGGCUUUAUUUGAUAACUGAUCCUCAUGUCCAGCCUGUUCAUCUACAACUUGUGCUGUAUGUCCAAUCACCGGGAUUAUUCUGCCGAAAUGAAAACCUUCCAGUCUUUUAGAGUUUAACUAGCCCCCCUUGUCUAUGAAAACAGACCCUAUCACAUUGCAUCUAACAAGGAAGGGAUUAUUCUGCUACCAAACUUGUUAAAUACACUACUGUCUUAAACUGUCUUAUAUCAUCUAAGAGUUUCUGUAUAAUCUCUCAGUCCAGCUAACUUCCUGGAUCAGACGCAGCAGAAAGGCGUGGCCAUGGCUGUUUUUGGACUCAUCUUCAGCAAGCUGUCCAUGCUGGUGAUCGCCCCCGACCCUCUACCUUUUGUCAAAGACACUACAACUGAGAGUAAAGGUAUAAAAUAUUCACAUAGAAAAAUAACAGAGAAAAAGGUCAAAUGAAAUUAGAUUUUCAGUUUAUGUUUAUUUAUCUUCUUCUUUCCCAGAGUAUAUGAAGAUCAUGGCCAUUUUCUACUACCCUCUGCUGUAUUUUCCUCUGAUGGUGUGUGGCACUCUGCAGCACAAAGUGGGUUACGUCAUCGGGAUGCUGCUCUCCUUCGGUCACUUCGGGGGGCUGGUGUGGCAGAAGUUCGACUGUCCCAAGACUCCAGAGGUUAGAGAAAGAUCUGUCAAUGCUCCAAACUACACUGACAUUUCUCUUGUGUAUAAUCUGUCAAAUUACCAAUUUUCUGCUGAUUCAGUAAUCUUAGAAAUUAAAGAUUUUUGACAUCUUUAUUUUUUAAAAUUUAAUCCAGGAGAAACUAAUCAAGACAUGAGCAAUAUGAAUAAAAGCAUGGUCGAGUCUCUACACAAACUGGGAUUAGAGCUGUCACAGUGUACCAGUAUUGACACUAACAAUCCUUAUUAAUGUAUUAAACAUUGAUGUAGUUUAUACUUCAAAAUAAAAGCACAGUUUUAUAAAAGUUUGGGCAGUGCAGUGGUAAGUGUUGGUGCGUCACAAUGAGAAGGUUCCUGGUUCGAAUACCUGGUCAAGAUAAUGGAUGGAUGGAUGGAUGGAUGAAGUAAAGCAACAUAAAUACAAAUAAAUUGUUUUAGAUCCAUUUAAACUUGAUAUUUCUCUUAUUUCCCUCCACACAGAUCUAUAAGUUCUACGCCCUGCUGGCCAGUAUGCCUCAGCUGGGUUGCCUCUUAUACCUCUGUGUCCAGUUUCUGAUUCUGUUUGUCAAAGGACCAAAAACCGACGAGGUGAGACGAGUCCAAAAACACUCAAAUCUAACCCAACAGUAUCUCUGCUUCAGGAUAAACGCGUACAUUGAAAGGUGUAAACUAAUCUCAGGCUGUCUCUGGUGUGAACGGAGAAAGAAACAUGAAUUUCAACAAUGCCGAGUUUCACCAUGAUUACUGUAAGCAGCUUGAGCAGAAUGAAGUGGGUUUAACUCAGUGUCGUUGAGCCGAUUAUGACGAUGGAGGUGAUAUUGUUUUUCCUUUUCAAAACAUUCGAACAACAGAGUUUUUGUUUUAAACGCAGCUUUAAUCUGUUUGCAAAGGAUGGUGAGGAAAACUGCCUCCAGACACACAACUUUUAACUUCACUCUUUGGUCAGAUUUUCCUCGUAAUUUACACUCAGUGUUUGUUUUCAUAGGGCAGAACAAGGAUUCAUUUUAGUUUGAUUUCUGUUCACAGGACCUUGACAGCAGCUACUACACCAUGUAUGUGAAGUUAAUCCUCAGGAAAAAGAGCUCAGCUAACAGGUGAGGGUAGAAAAGAUGGAGAAUAAGAUCACUUUCUGGAGCACCUACAUACAUGCAAAAAAUAAAAAAAGAUAUAUAUAUUUUUUUGAUUGCUCUUGGGGGCCCCCUAUUGGCCACGGGGUCCUAAGCAGGCGCAUAGUUCGCUUAUUAUAUUAUUCCUCAUUUUUCUCUGUUUAUUUAUUGAUUUUAGCUCCUCGGCUGCAGACAAACAAACCCUCUUGCAGAGAAUCCUGGAAGUGCCCAAGAGUUACAUCUAUGUACCAGACAAAGGUUUGUGCUCUCCUCACACAUGGAAAGAUUUAUCUUUAUAUUCACUGUUAACAAUGACUUUAUCUCUACAGUAACCUUUGUGUCUGAUUAAAAGGAAAACUCUCAUCAGCUAACACUUCAAUAAUGUCUUAUUAUUAUUUGUCUUUCAGUGUUUUGUUUCCCGCUCAAACUUGCCAUUUCUGCGUUUGUGUCCUUUGUGGCCAUUUAUCAAGUAAGUCUUUCAUGAACAGUAUCGCAGAAUCUUUUCAUACAUUUAGGCUAAGAAAUAUAGAGUGAUUAUCUUUUAUUAAGGGGUUACAAAUAAUCUGGGUUGGCCUACUUAUGUAGCCUUAUGACCCUGAGGUUGUAAGCAAGGCUGUUUUGCAGGGAGAGUUAAGACUAAUCUAAACAAAGUGUUGAGUUUCAGAACAGUACCACACGUCAUCAUGGGUAGCCUCCUGGAGAAUUGAUAUGUUGUACCCAUGAUGACGCGAGACUCAUGCACCCACACACACACCCACACCCACGCACAUAUCUGAGGUACAAGCAGUACACAAUGGCUGUAUUCAGAUACACACUGGACAGUAUAAAUUACUGAUACUAUUCUGAUUUCUACAUCUGUAUAAUAAAAGACGCCCAGGCUGCUCUUCAGAUCUCAUCCUGUCUCCUGUGCGUUGUUUUCCUGAGUUUAUGUUGGAUCUUCCUCCUGGCUGGCUCGCCAAUUAUGUUGUGGAAUGUUCUGGCAGACAGAUAGUUUUGGUCCCUCGCUUACAACCUCUGAGUCAUAAGGCUGCAUAAGUAGGCCAACCCAGAUGAUUUGUAACCCCUAAUAAAAGAUAAUCACUCUAUAUUUCUUAACCUAAAUGUAUGAGAAGAUUCUACUACAACAGUCAUCAUGACCUUUGACCUGAAAUAUUGCUCUGACUCUUUCUCUAAAUUACCUGAUCUGUUCUCCUUUCAGACGGCGUUGUUGCUCGUGGUCCUGGUGGUCCCCGUCCUCCACAUCGUCCGUGCGGGUAUCGAUGAAAACAUCGCCUUCCUGCUGCUCGGCUUCGGUAUCAUCCUGUCAGAUGACAGGAUGGAGGUGGUCCGAAUCGUCACCUUCUACACCUGGCUGCUGGAGGGUAUGCGGAGGAAGUCUUGUGGCUGAAAUAUGGAAACGUUUUCUUCAUUUUAAAAUCAUCGUUCAUCUCUUUUUCGUCUGUGUUUUAGUUUGCUACCUGUGUGCGGUGACGCUGUCUCUCUUGAUCAGCCUCGUCAUGCUCAUGAAGUCCAUGAUAUGUCACAGGUGGGAGCAAAAAUUUGUUUUCAAUAACUGCAUUAAAAUGACCCACCUUUUGUUUUCUGACGCCUGAUUUUAACUGUUUCAGGACUAACCUGAAAGGACUGUAUAAGGGGGAGAUUUACAGCAUCUAUAACAGCAAGAAGACCAUCCGACCAUCCAGACCUGGGAUCGUCUGUUGGAUGGGUUUGACAGGAUACCAGGCUGCAAUCGUCUGUGUUGGUAAAGCAUGAUGAAAUAAAAUGAUAAUGUGAAUAAAUGAGGAAGAAAAAUCACAACUUUAAUUCUUAAAUACACCUCUAUAUUAUUUAAAGAUCAUUUUUUCUACUAUUAGUGAGCCACAGAGAAGGGAUACAGGUAAAGGAAACAACAAUAAGGAUAAAUAUAAUUCAUUUCUAUCUGAUCUCUAAAAAGACAAAAAAUCAUUCCAUAGAUAUAAUAAAACUGGGACUAAACUGGUUUAAACUGGUCUGUUUCUCUGCUCUAUCUGCAGGAAUGGCCAUCCAGACCGUUGUGUUUUUCAUCUGCUUCUUGUUCCUGGUGUUUAUGGUCAUUAUUCCUGUUUUUUACGGACGUAACAUGAUGGCCUUUGAAAUCGUAGGAAGAGCAUGGUGAGUCAGGAGGAAGUCCUUUAUACUUCGUUAAUGAUUCGUGUCAUUAAAGAUCCUUUUUUGUCUCAGGCCGGCCUGGGUCACUCUGCUGCUGGUCUCUGCGCUCCAACACGUGACCGCUAAGUUCGCGUUCAUCAAGAAGGAAGCUGGAACGAGAGACUUGAAUAACAGGUGUGUGACGCUUCUCUCACCUCAGUUAUAGCAGAGGUUAGUGAGGGAACCUAACGAUCUACAGAGGUUAGGUUGCUCUCUACCCCAAACACAAACUAACUCACUCAGAUAAAAAGAUCUCUGUUUUAGUCUCUUUCCCUCUCCUGUCCCAACGCUGCAGACUUCACACAGCCUAAAAACUAAAAGCUUUUUUUAGCACGUCAUUAAACAUGGAGGCGGCGGCGGGCAGACGGGGCCGGAUCAGGAAAUCUGUGAAAAUGGGACACAGUUACCUAAUCUAGUCGCCCUCAAGGCUAAAGUGAUGAAUAGCAGAGAGCCAAUCCAGAGUGAUUUGAAAACAGGUGAUCGAAUCGAAAAGGCGAAGAGACGAUGACCUUGAAUUAAAACCUGAGCUCACCUGAGUCUGACACUCUUCCUGUUUCCAGAGAGAGCCUCUACCUCCUGACGUACCUGCUCUUCCUCAUCAACACUGUGAUGGGUCUGAUCGCUGCCAUAUGGAGGGUGGUGAUCACCUCUCUGUACAACAUCAUCCACCUUGGCCGUGUGGACAUCAGUCUGCUGCACCGCACCGCAGAGGCCUAUGACCCAGGUACACGUCCAUUUACAUUUCUGCCAACUCAAACUUUAAUCUGGACACAAUCUUUCCCAAUUGGACAUAAUUAAAAGACUUGUUUACCAUAUUGUUUAACCCCAUCCAGCCUACAGUUAUUACACCAACGCCCUGAGGGUGGAGAUCAGCCAGUCCCAUCCGGUGAUGAAAGCUUUCUGCGGGCUGCUGCUGGACCUGAUGGUGGAGGGCGGACGGAUCGGACAGAGAAACAAAGACCCAGAGGAAGGUAGAGACACACCUGGAGGAGAUCAUGGGACACAAAAACAACAUAAAGUCAAGUUUGAUCUGUAUAUCUACUCUUCUUCUUCUUAGCCAACUUGUUUUUUUCUUCUGCAAGGGCGAGCAAAGACGCCUCCACGCACCACUCACCCUCUUGUGAUUCUGAUUUGCAUAACCGCCCACUCUGCUGCAUACAUUAUCCUUUAAUUACAGACCCUACUCACCUCAGUCUGAUGUCUCAAACGCUCUCCUGUGGUUUCAGGGAUCCAGGAGAACGGACCGAACAAGGCGAACAACACCCGCAGGAUUCGCUCUCGCUGGCAGCUGAUGUACACGCUGGUCCACAACCCGUCCUUGCUGGGCUUCAGGAAGCACUUCCAGACGACUCAGACCGCCGAGAGCAUCCUGAACGGGACUCCGAACCACACCGCCAAGUCAGGCAGCAGGAGGGAGGCGGAGAAACCAGCCCCAGAGCCGGACCAGCUGGCUGAGACCCCGACGCACCAGGAGAAAAAUGAAUGA